AUGUCGAUCCGCCACCAUCCGAACGAGGCUUGCUGGUAUUCGACCAACGACAAGGGCGAUACUCUCCUGCACGUCGCUUCUUACCGAGAGAAACGCCUAUGCGUACAGUGGCUGAUGAUCAAUCGUCCUUUCUUGGUCCAUGUCCGCAAUGACAAAGGGGAGGUGCCCAUCUGGUCGAUUGAGCUCUUGAUUCGCAAGAAAAACGGUUAUCGUGAAUGGGCUUAG